CGGAGGUUCUCAAACUCGGGGUAGGCGUAUGAACGAACGGAGGCCAGAGCCUGAGAGGUAGCAGUCGCCGAGAUCACAGAACCAGAGAUAGCAUCAUAAGUUCCCGUCGCAGACUGUCCUAGCCUAGCCAGCGUUGCAUCGUCGCUCUGAGUUCGAGCCGGAGAUACUGUACUGUCCAAGGAGUUCCCGGCAGAGUAAGAUUGAGUUCCCUCGGCUGCGCUGUGCGAGGUGAGUUGAUGUUCGACAGGACGACGCAGCUGAGCAUUCCGAUUGAGUUGGAUUCGGCUGAGAGCAUCAUCGGUCAAAGCCUGAGGACCAAGAUCAUCACAGGUCGAAGCUUCAGGCCCGAGCACAGGAGAGGACCCAAAGAUGCUGCUUUCGGAGUCUGGAUAAAACAGCGGCACCCUGGGCGGGGCUCCAAGUACCUCUUGAACACCUAGAUCGUUGGGUGCUGCUUCUUCAACGGAUUCGGUUUCUUCCUCCCAGUUGCGGGCAUUGCUCCGGGUAGGCUUUAACAGAGUACGUCCAUGGGCUUGAGGUGAGUCGGCCCCUUUGAGAGGCGAGCAUCUACUUGCAUAGGUCCCAUCCCCGAAGCCCGCGGUAAUCUGCUGCCAGAGGUGACAACAGAUGGCGGCGCGGAGAGGGCCACGGAGCCUACUAGAGAAUGAGGAUCAGCGUCACCAGUAGAUGCUUGAGG